GAGCUGAAGACGCUCCGCCGCGCAACGGUUGUGCAUUAUAAUAUUAUUAUUAUCAUCAUUGUUUCGCUUCGACCGACACACGAGCUUGGCAAUACUACGGACGAAACACAAUAAUAUCAUAAUAUGUAUAUUAUGUAUACCGUCGCGUCGUCUCGUCUCGAUCGCCGCCGAUAAAUAAUAAUAAAUUUCAAAUUGUUGUCAAGUAGUAUCGCCUAUUCGUUUUGCGUUUAACUAACCCGUUCUCGUAGGUUUUAAAACGGUCUCGUGCGGAUUUGUCGAAGUCACCGGUCGUCGCACGCAAUCGUUACGACACUUCUAUAACAUAAUAUAUUGGCACGGUUCGACGUUAUUAUUUUUUUUUCACGCUCGCUCGCUCGCGCGGAUGGCGAUGGAAGUCAAAAUCAAAAUCGCCAAGUCGGACCAAAUCGGUAAAGGUCCCGACGACUGCAAGACGAAGAAGAAGAACGACAACAACGUGGUAGACGUACUCGACAUGGCCGUACCGCAAUCCAAGGUCAGACCUAUCGACCGGCUGCUGGACAGAUACGACUGGUCGUCCGCGUCGAUGACGCCGCUGCUGCGAGACGCCGCCGAUCUUCCGCUGCCGAGGUCGCAGUACGGUCAAACGCGCUCUGGUCCAGCGGGUAGACCGGUCCGGUCACGGCCACCGCAGCCGCCGCCGCCACCGCAUCAGCCGCCGCCGUCGUAUCAGCCGCCGUCGCCGCCGCCGUAUCAGUCGCCA